CAUUGUCCAUACAACUUUGUUGCUAGUGUCGGUUAUGACAGGAUUGUAAAUUCGUGUUUUUUUGUGACUAUUCCGUGUGCUUCGAUAAAUCAUGUCUGAUCUGGACGAAUACUACAUAAGUGUCCUUCGAUUAGUGAAGGAAGCAGGCUCGAUCGUAAGGGAAAAAAUUAACCAACCUAAAGAUGCAAUGACGAAAACCUGCGAAGUCGAUCUUGUCACCGAAUGGGAUCAAAAGGUCGAGAAAUUGUUAAUCGAUGGAAUAUCUUCCAAAUUUCCAGAUCACAAAUUUAUCGGAGAAGAAGGUAGUUCACUUGGAAAUAAAGUGGAACUUACGGACGCGCCAACAUGGAUCAUUGAUCCGAUCGAUGGUACGAUGAACUUCGUGCAUACUCUGCCCCAUACUUGUAUAUCGAUCGCAUUGGUUAUUAACAAGGUCACUGAAAUUGGUGUUGUUUACAAUCCGAUUUUGGAGCAACUCUUCAGUGCCCGUAGGGGUCAGGGUGCAUUUUUAAAUGGAGCUCCUAUUUCUGUUUCUGGAGAGAAAGAGUUACGCAAAGCUCUUGUAAUGAUGGAAAUGGGUACAAGUAGAGAUCCAGAGAAAAUGAAAGUUGUACUGGAAAAUGCAAAUAAUCUUAUUUCACAAGUUCAUGGAAUACGGUCUUUGGGAUCUGCAGCUUUGAACAUGUGUAUGGUUGCGCUCGGUGGAGCGGAUGUUUCUUUUGAAUUUGGUAUUCACGCUUGGGAUGUCGCAGCUGGGGAUAUUAUUGUAAGAGAAGCUGGUGGCGUAUGCAUAGAUCCAGCAGGUGGGUCAUUCGACUUGAUGAGCAGAAGAGCUUUAUGUGCAUCAACAUCAGAGUUAGCACAGGAAUUAGCUAUAGUAUUAGUUCAGUAUUACCCCGAGCGUGAUUAAAAGUAUUAAAGUAUUAAGAAAAGAACA